AUGAAAGAAAAUACUAUUAAUUUUAAAGAAAACAUAAAUAAUAACAAAUCAAAUAAGUUAAAUUUACCUACUACUUGGACUAAGAAAAAGAUGGCUAGUUUAUUUUUGAUGGGUUGGUUGUCGGUGAAUGGAGUAGAAGCAGGAAACGCUUUUAAAAAUUGCCUUGCGCAUAAAGAAAAUGAUACGACUACUUACAAUUCCUUACUUGGCUUUAACUUUGCUAUCCAUCCUAAUAUAACAAAUGACAAUGGGGUACUAACUCUUUGUUGUGGUGGCACUCAGUGUUCUGCUAGUUCAUCAACAUGCAGUUUUGCCAGCCAAAAAUUUUACUGCACUAAAAUUGACAAAGAUGUAUUUUGUGGCAGGGAUUCAUUAGUCUAUUGUAGAGGUUUUAUUGGAGAUAACCUUAUUGCUACUAAUGCUAUGUUAGGAGGAGAGUGUGCGGAUGUCUCCCUCUCCGCCAUAACCAAUCAUUUGGCAACUGUUCCUGUCAGCGAAUUUGAAGGUCUAGAACAAGGUUAUGUUCGUUAUAGUUGUUCAAACGCUGCCUGUGCGAAUUUGGAAGCAUCAGAUAAAAAUCCUUCUACAUUUACUUAUAUUCCUACUACUUCUAGUAGUUCUAUUUUAACUAUUCCUACUAGUACUUCUACUAUUUCACUUUCUCCGUAUCCAAGUAAUUCUUCUUCUAGUAGUUCUAUUUUAACUACCACUUCCGCUUCUACAACAACUCCUCCAUCUGACCUCCAGUUAACUGAAAAAGUCGCCAUUCCGAUUGGCACAGUAGUCGGAGUAGUUACCAUUAGUGGAAUAACUUAUUACCUUAUUCGUCGCCGAAGAAAAAAUAAUAAUUCUUCUACUCAAGAACAAAACAACAGCACUAAUUUAAAGCAUUUGUAUGUCAGAAGGAAAAAUCCUGGUUGGGUUUUGGGUUAUCGAAUAUUAGUUAGAAUCCGUGGUUCGGUAAUUAAUGAAAGUUUUAUUAGUCAAUUGACCAGUUCUGUUUUACUUGGCUUUGUGAAAAAAGGAGGAAAGAUGUUAGCUAAUGGAAUAGCUUCUUUUGUUCCUGGUGGGACAUUAUUUAAAAAAGGCUUCAAAGCAAUAACAAGUCUUUUUGGUGGUAAGAAAGAUGACAAGAAAGAAGGUGAUGGAGGAGGUGAUUUAAAAAAUAUUCUGACCAAAGAAAAAUAUGAGAAAAUGUUGAGUAUUGAACAAAAGAAAGGGAAAGGCAAAGAUAAAGGACAUGAGCACUUUCAUGAGCUACAUCUUCAAUAA